AUGGUUCGUUUGGUUAUUACCCGAGUCACUGAUGCAGACUGGGACCAACUCGUUGAGGUCCAAUUCAAAGCCUUUGCGUCCGAGCAAUUCUGCCAAUUCGUCAAUGGAAAAGAUACCCCUCUAAAUCGAGAGCGGUGUAAAAAGAAAUACACUUGCCAUGAGCCAGAAUUCUGGGGUGGUGCUCUGUGGCUGAAGGUCAUUGAUGCAGAUGAGGUCCCGAGCAGCCACGCAAAAAGCAACGGAAAUGGGAGUGUAAAUGGGAACGGCAACGGAAUCGGAAACAGCCCGACAAUUCUGGGAGCUGCGCUUUACAGGCUCAAUCCGAACUACUCUGCUGAAGACUUAAAGCGAACUGACCUGGAGCCGGAAAGCUUCAAAUGGCUGGAUGACCCGGAAGAACGACGGAUUGCAGUUACGGUUAUCCAUGAUGUGAUGGAUAGAAAAAUGAGGUUUAUUAAAGAGCCACACAUUCAACUCUCGAUUCUCUUCGUUUCACCAGAACACCAGCACAAAGGGAUUGGUGGCUCUCUGGUAAACUGGGGAAUCCAGCUAUCCAAGCAAAUGAUGCUCCCCCUUUGGGUUGAAUCCUCAACUGCGGCUUAUAGUCUGUAUAAACGUCACGGAUUCAAGGAACAAAUCCGCUCGAAAGUCAUAAUAGGGUCUUGGGAUAUCGAAUACUCAAUUUUGAAAUGGGAGCCUGAACAAAAGCAUCAGCCGGUGAAAAGUAAAUAA